UCAACAUUCCCCCAUGCCUUUGAAAGAUGGGAGCAGCUCUCCUCUCAAUGGGAAGGGCAGACGCGAUACUGGAUCCGACGGCUGGAGAACAAUUCCGACGAGCUGCGAAACGAGCCUCUCAAUGUGGGGAUCGCGCGGCAGAUGCAGGAUCUUACCGCUGCCGGUGCGAACUUAUUCCACGCGGUGGUCGAGCUCCAACGACUGCGCGCCAGCUCCGAACGGAAAUUCCAACGCUGGUUCACAGACGUUCGGGGCGAGUUGGAGCGGAACGAGGAAGUUCAAGCGCAGCAGCAGGUUGCGUUGGACCGCGAGCGUCGAGCUCGCCAGGAGCAAAACGCCAUCGCUGCACGAGCGGAGGAGCAACGAGCCAACGUGGACAAAAUGAAUGGGGAGCUCAAACGGGAGCUCAACAUUGCCAAGGAGGAAGCGCGUCGGGCAUGGGAAGAGCUCGGAAGGCGGGAGCAGGAAGAACGGGACCGGUGCAGCGAGAUACGCGAAGGGCGGCCGGUCAACAUCUGCGGCAUCCAGAUCUUCCCGACCAGUCAGAUCAUGCGGCAAGCGAGCCUUCGACGGGGCCAGGAAGGCGACGACUACUCGAUGGACCCAGGCCAGGAAUACAUGGAAGCCGAAUACGUGUACAACGAAGGGGCCUCACCCACCGACACCGACCCGUUCGUGGAAGCCGGAAAACGACCGGCCCCACCGCCAGGGACCUUUUCCGCCGGCGUCUAUCAACCGCAGGGCAUCCAACCCUACGCGCCCGGCAGCACCCCCGCGUCCGGAUCCACCUCUCAAACCAUCGCGGAGCAGCCGGAUUAUGAGGGGAGCGGGUAUGAAGGGUGGGAGCGGGUGCAGCAUCAUUAUCCGACGCGGUUGAGCGAUGUGCCGGAGGAGGAGGACGAGCGGAGUCGGGCGAGU